AUGGCUAACGUCAACGAGGGCGAGGGCAGGGCGGCGCCGGUGGUGUUGAUCACGGGGUGCGCCGAGGGCGGCAUCGGCUACGAGUACUGUCGUGCCUUCGCCACCCUCGGCUGCCGCGUCGUCGCCACCGACAUCCCUGACCGCGUCCCGGACCUCGCCGGCCUCGACAACACCGUCGUCGUCGAUCGCCUCCCGCUCGACGUCACCUCCAACGAAAGCGUGACCGACGCCGUGGCACGCGUGCUGCGCGACCACGGCCGCAUCGACGUGCUCGUCAACAACGCCGGGAUCGGCUGCACCGGCCCGCUGGCGGAGCUGAGCGGCGAGGCCGUGCGGCGCACCAUGGACGUGAACUUCCUCGGCCAGCUGCGGCUGGUGCACGCGGUCGCGCCCCACAUGGCGUCGCGGCGGUACGGGCGCGUGGUGAACGUGGGCAGCGUCGUCGGCACCGCCGCCACGCCAUGGGCGGGGGUCUACUGCGCGUCCAAGGCGGCGGUGCACGCAGCGACCGACGCGUUGCGGCUGGAGCUGGCGCCGUUCGGGGUGCACGUCGUGAAGGUGGUGCCCGGGGCGGUGCGGUCCGGCCUGGGCCACGCCAACACGGCGCAGCUCGCCGGAGCGAAGCAGCAGUGGGGGAUGUACCGUCAGUUCACGGCGGCGAUCGAGGAGAGGGCGCGGGCGUCGCAGGGGGCGGGUGCGACGGAAGCGUCGGUGUUCGCGAGGCACGUGGCGGCGCGGGUCAUGCGGCCGAGGCCGCCGCGGGAGAUCGUGUACGGGAGCAUGACGGGGCUGUUCGCCGUGCUUGCCAUGUCGCCGGCCUGGGCGCGUGACGCCUUCUUCGCCAGGCGGUUCGGGCUCAAUAAGGUCUAA